GAUGGACCACUCGCCAGUGGAGGCUGGAAUACCGCGCGACUCGCACGCGCCACCCGUUUCGAACGAGUUUCAAAUUCAAACCGACGCAGAGUGACAGUUGGUGACUGUGUUUUGUUUUUUUUUUAAGUGCGAAGGAUCAUAUUGAAAAAUUGAUGCUACCUGGACGUAAUGUCAAUGUGAUUGAUUCAACACAGUGGUCCAAGCAACAACAACACGGACAAAAAAGUGAAACAAUGUUAAAAUGAAAGUGUGUGUGGGAUAAAAUCGCAAAUAACUAGGAUGUGAAACGAUGUUGGCAUGUGUGCGGGCGGGCAGAGAGGUUCGCGCGCCGGACGGACACACCGCGCAACGCAGUGUGCAACACAGUGCGCAACGCGCACGAAGCUCACAGCGCAACUUCGAUUGGUGGAUUGUACUGUUUUUCGUGCUGCUUUGCGUUCGAAGCAGCAGGAGCGGCGUAUCGCUGGGCGCGCACCUCGUGUGCGCACGCGUCGCCGGCCUCACCGACAAGCAGCGCAACAUGUGCCGCGCCACGCCCGCCGCCAUCGCCGCCGUUGGGGACGGCCUCAGAAUGGCGUAUGCAGAGUGCCGGCAGCAGCUGUCGGGGCACCGAUGGAACUGUUCUGGAGUGGGCGACGGCAACGAUUUCGGACACGUCAUGCCUUUAGCUACUAAGGAGGCCGCUUUCACGUACGCCAUAACUUCGGCUGGCGUCACGCAUGCGCUGAGCGCGGCGUGCGCGCGUGGCGACCUGCCUGCAUGCGGCUGUGCAGCUAACAGCAGGAGGCGACCAUCGACAGAGCAGUUCCAAUGGGGUGGGUGCGGAGAAGCCGCGUACGGAGCGAGAUUUGCGCGUAGAUUUCUCGAUGCAAGAGAAUUGGAUGCAGACGCGCGAGGACGCAUGAACCUACACAACAACCGCGUCGGCAGGAAGGUGAGCGAGAUGGUGAAAGACCUGGUCCGCCGCGAGUGCAAAUGCCAUGGUGUUUCUGGAUCCUGCGCGAUGCGGACCUGCUGGAGAGCCCUACCCCAGUACAAAGCCGUGGCCACCGCUCUCCGAGAAAAGUACAGAAAGGCCAAGCUGGUCGCACCUCAGCCGCCGCAGUCUCAUCUGGUCAUACGCAGAUCAAAGCAAACGAUGGCGGUGGGCCGGCAACCACGAAAGUCAGAGCUGGUGUACCUGGAGCCAUCCCCGUCAUACUGCGAACCUGAUGCAGUCUCGGGGUCCCUUGGCACACACGGAAGAGUAUGCAACAGAACCUCUAGAGGUGAAGACGGCUGUGAGACACUCUGCUGCGGCCGAGGCUACAACACCGUGCGGGCAGUCAAAGCCACCCAAUGCCGAUGUCGCUUCCACUGGUGCUGUCGCGUCAGUUGUGAGACUUGCGUCGUCCGUACUGAGACGCAUGUAUGUAAAUAACCGUCCAACCAACUGAGACGACUAACAACAGUACUGCAGUUGGAUCCAUUGCUGUUGUCGUGUGUAUAGCCAACUACGUCGUCCGCGCUACGAUGGGCUGAGACUUCAAGCAUCCGUUCUGCCUUCGAUUCCAAUUACUUAUGCUUUUUGACUGACUGGGUUUGAAAAUAAAAUAUAACGGAAAUGAGUGAUUGCUAAUGACUAUGUAGGUAUCGCACUAUUAUCUCAUUGUACAAUAUCUGAAUGUGUUUUGUAAUUUGUACCUAAAUAUAUCUAAUCAAUCAGCUUAUUCAGGCAACCCGGUUUUAAAGCGAUUGUUUACAAUUCAAAUUCAGUCAGUUCGAUGAUGACAGAACCUUUUGUCCACUAUUUUCUGUCACAUAUUCGUCUAUCAUUAGUAUCAUUACUUAUCAAUUUGUUAUCAAUGCUUACUACUGCCAUAUUCUGAAAUUCACCCCACCGAUGAUUAAACACAAUUUUACAAAAAACCUCAAAAACAAGCCCUUUAGCUGCGGUGUUUAAUAAGCAUUUGUACAUACAUUAAUAUAAUGUCUACAUUAUCAUACUUAAUUAAAUAUUAUUAAUUGAUCUGUAUAAAUGCCUCCUAUUCAUAAUGAAGGUAUCUUCUUGUUUUGAACGCACUUCUUAUUCUUGUAUUCCUUUUUGUAGGUGAUUACGCUACCUACUAAAAUUUAUGCCAGUAACUGCAAUAGCUUUUUAAGGUCCGCGACGUAUUUUUUUAACAAACAAAUGGCAGCAUAGUUAGUUUCAAACUGUCCAAAGCUGUAAACAAUAAAUCGUUUUUUGGGGUCUGAAAUGUAAAGUAUUACAAUUAGGACUAAGGAUUAAGUAAUAGUAACUUAUUGGUGUCCGCCCGACACUGGGUUUUUUGCCGAAACCGAAGGUUCAGUUUUGCUCUAGUUUCUGUCGAAUAGAAACCAAACGUUCGGCCGAAACAUAUCACUGUAUCACUGUAUCACAGUUUCGGCGCGGUCGAAAGGUUCUGCAGUCUUUUGGCCGAAACUGAACCUUCGGCUGAAACAUGAUUUUUCUGCUGAAACCUGCCGUAACUAAAAAUUUUGGUGAGACACUACUUCUUAUGUCCUUCCUCGGGCAUGGGGUCAAAAACUAGUUUGGAACCUUAUGAAGCUAGUGCGAGCUAGUGCGAAAGUAUUUUCUUACGAAGAGCCGUCCAAAUCCACUUACGGUAAUCUAUUUUGCAGUACAGUCAGCAACAGGAGUAACUAAGCGGGCUAAGCGACCAAAAAAAAACUCAAUACAACAUUGUUGCUAAGAGAGUACAAUAUCAAUUAUCACGUGAACUUUUCGGCUUGGGCUGGUGGAGAGAGAACUUCUCUCAGAGAAGAGUUGACUAGAUAUAUAGACAUAUAGAUAAACUAAAGGUGCAUCCACACCGCCAGUUCGUUUUUGUGGAGCAAUUGUGGAGCAACACUGUGCAGCAGUGCCUAUGUAACAAGGUAAAUUACCUAAUGUUACCGUGUUACACAGUGUUGCUCGACAAAAGUUAGAUGCGGUGUUGAUGCACCUGUAAUAAACGCGUGUGUAAAUCGUUUAGAAAACAUAUCGCCCAUCAAGCUACUUCUGAUGCUGGCUGUAAUAAUAUGUAAAUAAACUUCACAUGUACACGUUUUCAUCCUUACAACCAUUUUUCAUGCAUUUAAAGUAAGACUCAACGGCUUUAAAAUAGUAUUUUUAAGUGUUUCUUAAAUUUAAUAAGUACUUAACUCGUCUUAAACAUUCCACGUAGAUUAAGUUAACUUAUUCACUUAAUAUUGCGAUUUUUUUGAAUAAAAGUUUGACACAUUUGAAA